CUAUUGAUUAUUCACAUUUACCUCAGGACGAUUAUAAGAAGUAGUGCCUGCCAGGAGCCGAAGGGAUAUUCACAACAUGCUGGGGAGGAAAAAGAAACCAGAGACAGUUCAGACUGAACCCAAAGCGUACGAGGCGAAAACCCACGAUCCGCUUCGGAGGCUUGGUGUGUUGGACGAUGAAGAUGUGCGCCUGAUGCUGCAGGGGUCAAAGAUGAUGAAGGUUCGAUCUCAGCGUUGGCGGAAGGACAGAAACCUGAAGCUUCUGGAGGACUGUGUGACAGUGUGGUGUGAGUCCAGCAAAACCUCCCGCAAAAGCAAAAGACAGCAAACCUUCUCUGUGACAGAAGUGGAGUGUGUGCGGGAAGGCUGUCAGUCGGAGUGUCUGCGACGAAUGGCAGAUCUGGUUCAAGAGACCCACUGCUUCACUGUUGUCUUCCGCGGAGGAAGGAAAAGCCUGGAUCUGUGCUGCUCCACACAAGACGAAGCGGAGCAUUGGGUUCGAGGCCUCCGAACACUCAAAGAACGCGUCUCCAACAUGAGCCAGAAAGAAAAACUGGACCAAUAUCCUUAUUGCUAUCUAAGACGUGCAGAUCAGAACCAGGAUGGGAAGAUGAGCUACGACGAGGUGAAACAUCUGCUCCAGCUGAUCAACAUUGACCUGAACGAACAGUAUGCACGCACCCUCUUUAAGAAAUGUGAUCGCUCAUGUGACGGGCGGCUGGAUCACGUGGAGAUUGAGGAGUUCUGUCGUGAGCUGAUGCGCAGGCCGGAGCUGGAUGCAGUGUUCAGGCAUUAUUCUGGUAACGGAUGUGUGCUCACAUCAUUGGAGCUGCGGGAUUUUCUCGGUGACCAAGGUGAAGAUGCAUCACUGGCCCAUGCGAAGACUCUCAUCCACACCUAUGAGCUCAACAACUGGGCACGGAAGAAUCUUUUCAUGACCCAGAACGGCUUCACCAUGUACAUGCUCUCGCAAGAGAACGAUGUGUUUAACCCGGAUCACACUCAUGUGUAUCAGGACAUGAGCAGACCACUGGCACACUAUUACAUCUCUUCCUCUCAUAAUACAUACCUCACCAAAGACCAGGUGACCAGCGCCAGCAGCACAGAGCCUUAUAUCAGAGCUCUGCAUCAGGGGUGUCGCUGUGUUGAGCUGGACUGCUGGGACGGUGAUAGAGGAGAACCCAUGAUCUAUCAUGGGCACACGCUCACCUCCAAAGUGCUCUUUAAAGAAGUCAUUGAGACCAUCGCUCAGUACGCCUUCAAGACAUCUCCGUAUCCUCUGAUCUUGUCCCUGGAGAAUCACUGCUCAGUGGAGCAGCAGGCGGUCAUGGCACAGCACCUGCGCUCCUUUCUGGGAAAGAAGCUCCUGAGAAAGCCGCUCAAUGACCUGCCCCUCAAAGAGCUGCCCUCACCUGAGGAGUUGAUGGGGCGGAUCCUGCUGAAGGGGAAGAAGUUAGGUGGUCUGCUGGGAAAGACUGACAGCUGGACUAGCUUCUCAUGUAGCUCAGAUGAAGAGUCUGUGGCUGGAGGAGGUGGGAACAAAAAGGAAUCCAAAAAGGAUCCUGGGAGGUCUAUGAGCACUAAACUGAGCCCAGAGCUGUCAGAUCUGGUGGUGUAUUGUCAGAGUGUGCCUUUCAGUGGUUUCGAGACAGCCGGUCAAAGACCUCCUAGCAUGAUGUCCUCUUUCUCUGAGAAUGAGGCGCUCAAAGUCAUCAAAGACUCAGGGAAGUUGUUUGUUCGACACAAUAGUUGGCAGCUGAGCAGGGUUUACCCAUCAGGCCAGAGGUUGCAGUCCUCCAACUACAACCCUCAGGAUAUGUGGAACGGAGGCUGCCAGAUGGUGGCUCUGAACUUCCAGACACCUGGAGAGCAGAUGGACCUGAACCAGGGCCGCUUUCUGCCCAACGGCCGCUGCGGAUAUGUGCUUAAACCUGACUUCCUGUGUCACCCGACGUCCGACUUUGACCCUGAGAACACAGGUGGAGGACCAGGACAUAUACCCACACAACUUACCAUACGGGUGAUCUCAGCCCAGCAACUUCCUAAAAUAAACACAGACAAUCCCAACUCCAUUGUGGACCCGCAGGUUUGGGUGGAGAUCCAUGGCGUUUCCAUCGAUAAGGCUCGUGAAAAAACCCAACGCAUUGACAACAAUGGUUUUAAUCCCCGCUGGGACUGUACUGUGAGCUUUCAGCUGCAGGUGCCUGAACUGGCCUUAGUGCGUUUCAUGGUGGAAGAUCAUGACUACAAAUCCAAAAAUGAUUUCAUUGGCCAGUUCACACUCCCAUUCAUCAGCCUACGAACAGGUUAUCGUCAUGUUCACCUGCUAAAAGCUGACGGCUCUAGUCUGUCUCCUGCCAUGCUCUUCAUCAAUGUAAAGGUGGUACGGCGAGGAGUUCCUAUUAAAACCGUUUCGGAGCGGAAAGGCAAGGCCUGAGGCUUCUGUCAUGAUUCCUGGAAAUGUUUAUUUCUGGAAGUACCUUACUGAAGGAAAAUCCCCUGAGCCGGGCUCUUGAGGUGCUGGGACUCUUCAGAAGGAGAGUACCUAUAAAAGCAUUGGACAUACAAGCACACUGUGCACAACAACCUAGUUAGUGUAGUUUGUCAGUUUGUGACUCAAAGUGCAUUUUUUAUCUUUAUUGUUCUUUUGUGCUAUUGUCUGCAGAGCAGAACGUCUAAAGUUUUAUAGAAGUGUUAUGGUUGAAGCUUAAAGGGCUACUCCACCCUAAAAUGAAAAUUUUGUCAUUAAUCACUUACCCCCAUGUCCCCCAUGUUCCAAACCCGUAGAAGUUUUGUUCAUCCUCGGAGCACAAUUUAAGAUAUUUUGGAUGAAAACUGGGAGGCUUGAGACUGUCCCAUAGUGUAACAGUCUCAAGCCUCCUGGAAUUUUUUUUUAUUGUGUUCUAAAGACGAACAAAGCUUUUACGGGUUUGGAACGA